CGCAAGCUUAACUGCAGUUAAACGUAGCAACACAGUCACGGAGCCAUCAGAAUCAGAGAGGGAAGAAAGGGGGAUAUCGAAAUGGAGCGCUCGCCGUCGCCGGAGGGGAGGUGGGGCGACCUCCCCGAGGACAUCGCCAUCGCCGUCGCAUCUCGCCUCCAGGAGGCCGACGUGUGCGCCCUUGGCGGCUGCUCGCGAUCCUGGCGCAGUGCCUGCGACGCCGACUUCGUGUGGGAGGGCCUCUUCCGCCGCCGCUGGCCGGUCACCGCGGCGACAGUGGUUGCCGGGGGAAGGGCAGGGGCUUCCAGUGUGCAGGGCUGGAAAGCUCUCUACAUUAACCAUCACGGAAGAACUGCUGUUGCUAUCUCUAGGGUUAUUGAAUUUGUGGAGAGCAGCACACAUAACGGGUCUCUUGAAGCUGAAUAUUAUCUGAAAGCUAUUGCUGAUCUGGCAUUGAUGAAGGAUAUUGGUUUUGUCAAUGUCCAGUUUUUCUUGCUUUCAAGAAAUCGCAGUGCAAUAAUAAAUCUAAUUGGAUUGCACUACUCCAUUGCAUGUUUGCAUAUACUGAUGCAUUUUUUUUUUCAGCCAAAUGAAGUGGACAAAGCACUUCAAGCUUCUCAGAUAGCAGAAAGGAAAGUGUGUGUCAGCUUGCUCAAGCUCGGUAGGUGGUUCUAUGGUUUCCGCUUGCCUGAUGAUUAUGAGUCGACCAAAAUUUCAUUGAGUGGGCUCACCAGUGCUGAGGGGGCAAAAGUUCUUGUCAUUCUUAACCGUGGUGCUGUUCAUGAGGUAUUUCGUCUCCAGAGGAUAAAAUAUUAGAGAACACGAUGGCCAAAGGUGAAAGUAACCAAGGAAAACUAUUUUUAAUAUGUGGUGGAACCAUCAAUGGGAAGUCCAUGAUGUGACUAAAAAUUAUGAAUUGUACUGAAAUGCCUGGAUCACCAAUUCACCGCAUCAAAUUUUAUGCCAUUUCAAAUGUUCCUUUCUUAUACUCUGUUUACGACAAAAGAUUUGGAGCUCAUGGUUAAGGUUAUGGCACUGGGAUAGCUGGUUAACUUGUCAACAAAGGUCACAAUUCUGAUAUGGUUACAUGCUGAUAAUUUUCUUGAA